UCAGCCACCCAGCUGCUCCUGUUUUUCUCGCGUCGAGAAACAGAGUCGUCCCAGCGUUGGUACUGCUUAUCUGCCUGCUGCUCUCCUCCUCGUCCCAGCACCGAUCUCCGUCCGAUGGCAAGGUAAGCCUACCGCUGCUCUCCGGAAAAUGGCGACGCCCGCCGCCGCUGGCUUCUACUUCGCUCCUUUCCAAUUCAGGCAAGUUAAAUCACUCUCCUCCUCCGAUAAACCUUCCAUUUCCCUUCAUGCCCCUCUCGGGAUCUCUCCUCUGUCUCUCUUCGUCAUCUCGAAGAAUCCGUCCCGCCGAGAUGUCUCUUCCCGGUGCUCCGUGGACCCAAAUACUUUAUUAGAGGAGGAAGAGGAGGCGGAGGCGGAGGCAGCUGAGAAGCGCCGGGAACUUAAUUCGACGAACUUGCCGUGGGAUACGCCCGCCCCCCGCGUUGGGGAGCUCUUCGACCAGUGCGGGGCUGAGAAGGAUGUUGAGGAGACAACAUUAGCAAGUACCUCUGUCACUGCUAAGGAGGAAAUUUCUAAUUCACUGAAGUUUCGUGAGUGCCAAAAUGGGAAACUAGCAGAAGAUGUUGCUGCAGUUCAGGGUGUAAAAAUCAGGAGGCGGCCACCAACUGGACCUUCUAAGCAUUAUGUUGGGCCUUUUGAAUUCCGCUUGGAAAAUGAAGGAAAUACCCCAAGGAACAUCCUAGAGAAAAUAAUAUGGGACAAGGAAUUGGAAGUGACAAAGUUAAAAGAGAGAAGACCUUUAAUCACAAUAAUGAAAGCCCUAGAGAAUGCUCCACCUGUUAGAGAUUUUAUUGGAACAUUGAAGGCAUCAUACGAACAUACAGGUAUGCCUGCAUUGAUAGCAGAGGUCAAAAAGGCUUCUCCAAGUAGAGGUGUGUUACGGGAGAAUUUUGAUCCAGUUGAAGUUGCCAACUCAUACGAGAAAAAUGGAGCAGCAUGUAUAAGCGUCUUGACCGAUGAAAAAUAUUUUCAGGGAAGCUUUGAGAAUCUUGAGGCUAUUCGCAGGGCUGGAGUUAAGUGUCCACUUUUGUGCAAAGAGUUUAUAGUUGAUGCCUGGCAAAUCUAUUAUGCUCGCUCAAAGGGGGCAGAUGCAAUCCUCCUGAUUGCUGCUGUUUUAGCUGAUCUUGAUAUAAAAUAUUUGACUAAAAUCUGUAGGUUGCUUGGCCUAGCAGCAUUGAUUGAGGUGCAUAAUGAAAGUGAACUGGACCGAGUAUUGGGCAUAGAGGGUGUACAACUAAUUGGCAUCAAUAACCGUAAUCUUGAAACAUUUGAAGUUGACAUUUCAAACACAAAAAGUUUGUUGGACGGAGAGCGUGGGGAGCUGAUACGCCAAAGGGACAUCAUUGUGGUAUCAGAAUCUGGUUUAUUUACUCCUGAAGAUAUUUCUUAUGUUCAAGAUGCUGGUAUCAAAGCAGUCUUGGUUGGAGAAUCUCUCAUCAAGCAAGAUGAUCCAGGUGGAGCAAUCUCUGGACUGUUUGGUAAAAGCAUGUCUGUGAGAGAGGGCAAUAAUAGCCAUGUCGCGAGUUCAUAGUAAGGCUGCGAUGGACACGGAGAUGCCGAUCACGACUCUCACCUAUUGUGACAAUCGUGGAGAGGUUGAUCACCACUUCACUUCCCGUGACGGUUGCGGAGAGGACGAUCACAGCCUUGCUAUGAGUUGGCCUUGUCUCACGCGACAGCCACCGUGUGCAUGUUGCAAACUUGUGCUGGCUGCUGGUUUUCAUUCAGGAUAAUUCUUCAUAGCUAGCCAGGAGGAAGAACAAAAAGUUUAUUCCGUCCAAUUUCGAGAUGACAAAAAAAGAGAUAAAAAGAAUAAUCUGCAGAUGGAUUUGAAAUCCAUCCAUCGUUUAUUUUUUCGAUAUGUAAGCAAGAGAGAGUGACUCAACUCUCAUGGAUGCUUCGGAAUAAACAGGGCGAAAAGGUUUGCCAGCA